AUGCCAGACACAUCAGAUGCGGAACUCUCCAUCUCAGAACCCUCUCCAAUUACUGAGGCCUCCGAACCAAAAGCCCGUCUCGAAGCCUCCUUGGUCGUUUUCGGCAGCUUUUGCACGGUGAUGGCCGGCCUGGGGCUCAUGAAUAGCGUCGGCGUCUAUCAAGCCUGGAUAUCGACCCAUCAGCUCGAUACCGUCGGAGAGGGGAAAAUCGGAUGGAUUUUUGGUGUUUACAACUUCAUGGCGCUUUUUUGCGGCAUUCAAAUUGGCCCCAUUUUUGACAAGCGAGGCCCGCGCAUGCUGACUUAUGUGGGAUCGAUCAUGCUUCUUCUUGCUCUUGUCCUCCUGAGCUUCUGCCGGCGGUAUUGGCAUUUUCUACUUGUCUUUGGAGUUUUGGGUGGAUUUGCAACUUCAUUUAUCUUUGUGGUUCCUGUUGCGUGUGUAUCCCACUUUUUCGAUGUCCGGAGAGGAACAGCGACGGGAAUUGCGAUUUCUGGCGCGAGCAUUGGGGGAAUCGUGUUGCCGCUUGUCUUCGGAUCUCUUGCCCCUCAGGUUGGCUUCGCAUGGACGACGCGGAUUCUCGCUUUGAUUUCUUUAUUUCUUCUCAUACCUGGUUGCAUUUUCAUCAGAUCCCGGCUCUCUCCGAAAGAGACUACCAAAAAGUUGAUUCUACCGGAUUUUACGAUAUUUCGACACUUUGCCUUUGCCUUUAUGACUGCUGGAGUUUUCUUCCUUGAAUGGGGUUACUUUGUCCCUAUAUCCUACAUCUCCUCCUAUUCACUCGCCCACGGCAUCCCUAAGCAAUUGUCCUAUCAAAUGGUGAUAUUUAUGAAUGUUGGCUCUUUCCCCGGUCGGUGGCUCCCCGGAAUGAUCGCGGACAGGUUGGGUCGAUUAAAUACCCUUAUCGCCACUAAUGUCCUGUGCAUCAUUUCCAUUCUUGCGAUUUGGCUUCCUGCCAAAGGCAGCAUACCAGCGACGAUCAUAUUUUCCGUCGCGUUCGGCUUUACAAGUGGAAGCAACAUCAGCCUAGCGCCAGUUUGCUUGGGGGAGCUAUGCGAUGUCCGCCAUUAUGGCAGAUAUUAUUCAACAGCGUAUUCACUGGCAAGUUUUGCGGCUUUAACGGGGGUCCCAAUAGCUGGAGAGAUCAUUAGCCAAUCCCGCGACUAUCGAGGUUUGAUUUCCUUUGCCGCAGCUUCAUAUUCGGCAUCCUUGGUAUGUUUCAUUGGUUCAAAGGUACUAGAACUAAGAAACCCGGCGAACCGGAGAACAGAAAUCUAA